AUGCCACCGACUCCAGCAGCGACGCUGCUCUUCGCCCAUGGCGGGGGCUUCUGCAAGCAGGUCUGGGUCCCGAUCAUCCGCCGCCUCAAGAGCUCCCCACUCCUGCAGCAGGUCGCGACGGAGUUUGUGGCCUUCGACUUCCCUUACCACGGCACAAAACGCGACGAAUCCGUGGCCCCUAAACUCGACGGACCGAGACCCGCGCUCAUUGGCGUCGGUCACUCGAUGGGGGCGGGCGCGCUCUGGAACGCGGAGGUGCGGGACCCCGGCACCUUCGACGCCCUUAUCAUGUUUGAGCCCGUGUAUGGAAUCGACGAUCCGCAGAGGACGGACGAGGUCACGAGCUUCCUCGUGUCGGUGACGCUGCAGCGAGAGUCCUCGUGGGCGUCGAGACGCGAGGCGGAGACGUACUUUGAAAACCUCAAGAACUUCAAGACGUGGGAUCGCGAGUCCCUCGCUGCGUACGCUCAAGGCGCUUUGGUCGAGGAUGAGGCGACGGGGAAGACGGUCUUGGCGUGCCACCCGCACAUUGAAGCCUCGUUGUACUGCCACGAUAUCCUGCGCUUCAACGAUGAAGAGCUUAAGCGGCCGAAAUGCUCUGUGCACUUCCACUAUGGAGACCGGUCGAAUAUGUUCUUCAUGCCCUGGUUCGAGCACGCGGUGAAGAUAAGCCCCGACAUUUACUGGAUCGACGAGCUGAUGAACAAAUGCACGCACUUGCUGGUGCUGGAAGACCCCGAGACGGCGGCCAGAAAGAUUCUGAACGACCUCGCGAAGGUAGCGCCAUUCCGCCGCGAUACAUUGAGUCAACUUUGA